CGUUAAACUUUACUGUAUCAACAUUAACAUUAACUCACCGAGAGAAAUAUCAGCGACGCACACAAGCUUUGUCCCUUUAAUAAAAACAGUGCUGUCAUCUCUUAACUCUAUGUGUUUUUGAGUUUUAUAGUAGUGUUUGAAAGCGGAUAGAUGUCUGAAGAGGUUUCUAAGAGGGCAGAAGAGGAGGCUGAGACACCAGAUCUCGAGCAGGGUCAGUCUGACGACAGCAGCGACGAGGGCGACGCUUCAGGAGACACUGAGAUGGAUUUCCUGCGCAGUCUCUUCUCACGGACUCUUGGCCUGAGUCCUGGAGACAAAGUCUUGGAUGAGCUGACCCUGGAUGGGGUCGCCCGCUACAUCCUGAGUGGCAAAUGCAAGAACAUUAUCUGUAUGGUUGGAGCUGGAAUAUCUACAUCUGCUGGAAUCCCAGAUUUCCGCUCUCCUGGCACUGGUCUGUAUGCCAAUCUGCAGAAGUACAACCUGCCUUACCCAGAGGCCAUCUUUCAGAUCGACUAUUUCAAGAAACAUCCGGAGCCCUUCUUUGCUCUGGCCAGAGAGCUUUACCCAGGCCAGUUUAAGCCCACAGUGUGUCACUAUUUCAUGAAGAUGCUGAAGGACAAAGGCCUCCUGAGGCGCUGCUACUCUCAGAAUAUUGAUACUCUAGAGAGAGUUGCAGGUCUGGAAGGCGAGGACCUGAUUGAAGCCCAUGGUACAUUUCACACGUCUCACUGCGUGAGCUGCUUCUGUCGUAAGGAGUACUCCAUGGACUGGAUGAAAAAUAAAAUUUUCUCUGAAGAUAUUCCAAAGUGUGAUUCCUGUGGAAGCCUGGUAAAACCUGAUAUUGUGUUUUUUGGGGAGAAUCUGCCUGCCCGAUUCUUCACUUCCAUGAAGAUGGACUUUCCUCGAUGUGAUCUUCUCAUCAUAAUGGGCACAUCCCUUCAGGUUCAGCCGUUCGCAUCGCUAGUCAGUAGAGUGUCCAACAGCUGCCCUAGACUGCUCAUCAAUAUGGAGAAAACCGGACAGUCGGAAUUUGGCAUGGGGUUAUUCGCUUUUGGAGGAGGAAUGGAUUUUGACUCGGAUAAAGCCUACAGAGACGUGGCUCACCUGAGCACCUGUGAUGACGGCUGCAUGGCUCUCGCCGAACUGCUGGGCUGGAAAGCAGAGCUGGAGGAGAUGGUGAAGCGUGAACAUGCUUUGAUUGACAGCAAAGAUGCCAAAAAGAAAGACAAGGAAGUCAAUCAGAGCUCCAGAAGCACUGGGGCGGAGCCUGGGAAGACUGACAAGACAGAAUAACCAAUCAGAGCAUGCAGAGGGUUCACAUGUCAGCCCUAAUAGAUCAAUGUAACUCUGGCCUUCUCGCAUCUAUCAUGUUUUUCUGUUUCUCUGAGCUCUUGUGUCUGUAAUAGCAAUAUAGAUAUGAUACAGAAACACACAGAGCUGAGACAGGAACAGAGAGACGGAUGGACAGCAAACACUUCAGCAGAAUCCUGGAAUUUUGAAACACAAUUAUGAAAAACAUAAUGCUUUAAAUGUAAUUUUUUAAAGUUGAUAAGCUUGGCUUUAUCACAUAAGGUCUCGUUUAAUCCUGCGAAAACAAAUGUGUCUGAAACAACAUGGCUGUUUGAUGGCUUGAAAAGUUCCUUAUGUGUGAAACACUGGAAAACAUGUUGAGAUCACAUUUAACUCCACCUCAUUUUUUUUAUUCUACAUAAAGAAAAUGAAGCGUACUUUAAGGACCAUGAAGAUUUUUUUGCACUGUGACAUUAUUUUAAUUUAAGCAAUGAGUGUUACUUUUAACCCCUUUUAAUAUUGUUUUAAAUUAUCAAAUAAAAUUUAACUUAAAUUACUUUGGCUUUAUAGAAUUUAUAAAAAUAUACAAAAGUUGUACAACAAAUGAUAAAUUCUUUACCAUUUAAAUGCAAUUUUUUUUUUUUUUUUGCACUACAGUAACAAGAAUUACAUAUCUUUGCAUUAUCAAUCUGAGGUAAAUUAACAAGUUUCAUAAUAUUCAUCACCAUAGUUCUAAUGAUGGUGUGUGAUUUUCUGUCUCUGACCUUGUUUUUUUGUGCAAUCAUUUAAUAGCCUAUAAUGUUAUAUUUUAAAAGGGUUAAUUAAUCAUAUAAUUAAAGAAUCAUAUCUGCAGUAUAUUAACUAUUCUAAUACAUUUUGCUGUUUUAUUUUCUGUUGCUUAUCUUUGGUUUGGAACGAUAGCCACCCCCAUGCUUCAGUUGUGUAAGAGGAAGUUGGCCCAGUCGUGUUUUACAACAUUACUAUGAUAUCUGAUUGAGCCCUGAGCAACCUUGUAUGAGGAAACAAGUUUUAUAUGUAUGCAUGUGGUGUAAUGUUGUCAAACGGCAUUAAAAAUAAUCCAUAAAUGGA